AUGGGAAAGGACAAGUACGAGAAUGAGGAGCUGUUGAAAUAUGGAUUUCCAGAGGAUAUUUGGUUCCACGUUGAUAAGCUGUCUUCAGCACAUGUGUAUCUCCGUCUUCCGCCUGGCAGUCUGGACUUGUCUGGGGCCAACAAGGCCGAAGCCAAGCAGAGGCUGCUGGAUGCGAUCGCUUCAGUGCCGGAAGAGAUCCUGAUGGAGAUGGCCCAGCUUACGAAAGAGAAUUCCAUCGAGGGUUGCAAGGCAGCUCAGUGCGACAUAGUCUACACACCAUUCCUCAACUUGAAGAAAGAGGACCGCAUGGAAGUCGGCCAGGUUGGCUUCAAGGAGGAGUCUUUCCGAACCUUGAUCAAGCAUGUGGCCAAGGACAAAGACAUAGUCAAACGGCUUGAGAAGACGAGGGUCGAGAAGACCGUCGACCUUGCAAAGGAGAAAGAGGAGCAUGACAACGAAGAGAAAGCUAGAAGAAGAAAAGUUAUUGAGGAGCGGAAAAAGGCGGAGAAAGAGGAGACCAAGCGCCACCUCGAGGAGAAGGAGCUCAAGAGCUACGCCGCGCUCCAGCACUUGGAAAAGUCCUCAAAUGUCGGCGUUAGCAAGACGGGCUCGAUUGAGGAGUGUCGGGAGAUCGAGGAUGAUUUCAUGUGCGAUGGUCUCCAUGGGAACCGGCUCCUGGGCUGGGUGGCCAGCCCAGUGUUCUCUGCCCUCCACCUGGAGACUGGGGCGUCUGGUGGUCUCAGGAGCUUUGGGGUCGCGUGUUUGCUGGUUGAGAUCCACAUGCGUGCUCUGCAGACUUGGUGGCAGGAGCACAUACCGGCAGUCCAUUGGUGCACCAAUGGGGCCGUUGAUGUGUGGCUAAACUUGGCUCGCGGGGGCGUUCCAUCUCAAGUUGCCUUGCUGAAGGUCGCUGCAGAUCUUUCACAGCUUCAUCUGCUGAAUAGUCCCACCUGCCCUCCCAGAUGGGGUAGGACACAGAAGCUUUCUACAGCCUGCCCGAGUCUGCACCGAUUCCGCCAUAUGGCGAAGACCCUCACCAAGUGCUUGGACUGUGCCCAGGUGCCUCCGCCGCAGAGGUCCGUGCAGCCUACCUCAAAUCUGCGCUGCGUACGCAUCCAGACCUGGCCCGCAGCUCUGCUGAGGUCCAAGAGUUUGCGACAGGGGCAUGAUUGCAAUUCCAGGCGUAUCAACAGCUCCGCAACCCUCGAGGAGCGAAAGUGUCUAUCGGUGUUGGCCAUGGCAGAGCACUGGAAAGGGAAUUCCGUGACAGCCAACACGCUGGAUGUUGAGGAUCACAAGCAUCGGUCGGCUCCGCUCCAAAGGAGGGCUGGUUCCGUCAGCCAGGAGCAGGCGGAGAGACUUUUCCGCGACGCCUUCAACGGUCGCGGCUUGGACGAGAUGCUUCAAGAGGAAUUGGGGCGAGUGGGGCUGAAGCCAGGAGUUCACGCUGCAGCUGUCCGCGAAGGUAUUUUUGCUCGACUUCUCCGCUCCGCGCAGGCAGCUUCACGGCUGCCUUUGCCCCAAGAGGUAACCGACAAGCCGCGUCCGGAAGAGAACUGGCCGCGACUGGAUGUUCAGAGGGAGCACUUCGUGGGCAGCGAUGGGCACAAGUGGAUGCGCAUCUACACCACGACUCGAUGGCCAAAUGGAAGGAAGGAGGAGCACGUCCUGGAGAAGCCUGUGUACAGAAUGUGA